AUGGUUUUGAAUCUUUUUGUAGCCAAAACUCGUGCUCAAACACUGUUAGUGGCAUAUAAAUGUCACCAUACAUUAGAAUAUGAUAUUUUUACAGGUUAUCACCAAGACCUCAAUCUUACGCCGGACGAUAUUCUUAUAAAACUUGGAGGAUGCGGACUUUUCCAAUUCCUUCUGGCUUUCCUAAUACAAUUCAUGAAGAUUGUCGUUUGCUGGGGCAUUGGAGGUAAUGCCUUUUUUGCAUACGUUCCAAAAUGGCGGUGUUUGGAUUAUUAUGACGUCACCGGAAACGAUACGUCAAACGGUGUAUUAGUACUUUUCAACACUUCCGCUUCAAGUACAUACUCUGGACAGGAAAAUAGAACCGAAGAUUACUGGAAUAACAAAUGUGACACAAUGUCUGGGGCAAAAUGUUCCAAUUUUGAGUUUGAUGACAGCAUUCACACCCUUGUUAGCGAGUUUGAUCUUGUCUGUGACAAAUCAUGGGUGACGGCCAGCAUCAGUUCAAUGCAAAUGAUCGGUAUGAUGGUGGGAUCGAUAGUGGUGGGCAAUAUAUCAGAUUUGUUUGGAAGAAAGAGGCCGUUUGUUCUCUCGAUGCUUAUACUGUGUGUGUUCCACCUCGUCUGCUACUUCUCCGUCAACUGGGUCAUGUUUGCCAUCGGCCGUAUUGGCGUAGGUGUGGGUUCGGCGUUCUUUUUGAGUAUCUACUGUAUUUUCCAAGGGGAAUAUACAUUAUCAAAAUGGCGGUCGACAACCAUCAGUUUUCCGUCUUGGGCUAUAGAGUUGUCUUUGUUCACACUGUGUGCUUGGUUACUACAUAACUGGGAGCAUAUCACGCUGAUCAUAGCCUUGGGUUCGUUUGCCUUCCUUGGAUCAUGGUUUUUUCUUCCUGAGAGUUUUAGAUGGCUUAUAGCUAAGGACAGAGUUUCGGAUAUACAUGAUAUUACAAAACAGAUUGCAAAAUGGAACAAGCGCCAAGUACCUGAUAAUGAUCAAAUCAUUAAAGCGUUCACUGUACCGGAAGAGGAACAUUCUAAAAAAUAUUCCAUACUGGUGCUUUUCCGGCAGAGGGCGCUUUUAAAAUUAACUGUUCCAUUAAUGACCGGCUGGUAA